AUGCCAUUGGUUAUCAUCUGCGGAGUACCAUUGUCUGGAAAGACGUUUCGAGCAAAGCAGAUUGCAAAGUACAUUGAAGCGUAUAUUUUUCAAGAACAGGAGUCUUUGCUUCAACGAGGACUUGGCUUUGAUUCAAAAGUCAUCAUCAUCAAUGAUGAAUCGCUUGGAAUUGACAAGUCGACUGGCUACUCUAAUGCGACAAUUGAAAAAAUCACAAGAGGAACAUUGCUAUCUGCAACUGGACGGCAUUUGUCCAAAAACACUGUUGUGAUUUGUGACGGUAUGAACAAUAUCAAAGGAUUCAGAUACCAGCUAUAUUGUGUUGCCAGAGCUCUUGGUACCCCAACAUGCACGAUUCACUGUGGAAUUUCACUAGACACUGCAAAGCAAUCCAAUAUAGAUUUGAAAGUGUACGACCAAGAUCUUUUUGAUAAUCUAUGCUCGAGAUUUGAGGAUCCAGAUGGACGUAACCGGUGGGAUGCACCUCUUUUUACAGUGAUUCCCGAGGAUUCUGACAUGUCAGACUUGACCUGUGAAACAGCUCGACAGAUUGUAGAAGCCAUUUUGCUUAAAAAACCACCCGCACCAAAUCUAUCCACAGUUGUCAAGCCUCUAACAGCAACCAAUUAUUUGCACGAAAUGGACAAGACUCUGUCAGAUAUUAUUGAAGCAUUUGUUGAUGCACAAAAAAGUGGCAGGACGGGCAAUAUCGUUAUUUCUCAAAGUUCUGCACAACUCAAUAUCCCUUCUCGUACUAUCACUCCUGCAGAGCUGCGUCGAUUGAAGCGACAGUACACGAAUAUCAACAAGAUGCUAACCUUGUUGGAUAUGGACAAAGUAGCUCAGGGGUUUGCAGAUUACUUGAAUACAAACUUAUCGUAA